AUGUAUAGUAAAAAGGAGAAAAAAAAUAUAUUAAGAUUUCUUAUAAAACUUUUUACAUUUACCCUUUUAAUUUGGAUGUUACAAUGUUCUAAUAAUUGGAAUUUCUUUAAAUCACUGAGUUUUAAAAAUGACUUAAAAAACACGUUAAAUUUAGGAGUUAAAAGAUUUUUAGCACAAAAAGAUAUAAUAAAAGAAAAAAAUGAAGAGCCAAAAUUCUGUGAUCUUGAAAUAACAGAAACCAAUUUAGAAUCAAGGAACGAUAAAAAAAAAAUAGGAAAAAAAACAUAUACAGAACAAGAAGAUGAAAAAGGUAUAAAGCAAGGAAAUGAAAAAGAUAUAGAACAGGGAAAUGAAAUAGAGGCAAAAGAUAAAAAUAAAAAAGUAAAAUUUAAUGAGGAAAUUUCAGGAAAAUGCAAAAAUAAUUUAAAGCUAGUUUUAUCAUUUUUUGCUAUUUUCAUGUCAAUUUUUUCAUUUAUAUAUAAUAUAAUACAAACAAAUGUGCACAUUUCAUUACCAUAUCUCGAUGCAGUGUUUAUUAGUAUAUCUCUUAUAAUAAUUUCAAUUACUGUAAUACAAAAACAAAUCGAAGCAAAAUUUAAAAAUAAUUUUAAAUAUUUCUAA